ACCGUGCUGCAAAAUCGGAUUGUGUUCUUGUUCGAGGGCGGCCAGUUCAUCUGGCCCGGAAUUCGUAUAGGACACAAGACACUGGUAAAGAACACCUUCGGCCGUGGUGAUCUUGUGCUGGAGACGAUCAGUAUGACGCCGCUCGUGUUCAGCGUCGAGGAAUUUCUCCGUGACGACGAGAUCGACAUCAUCCCUCACUACUUCAAGGCCACCCCGACUCAUCUCUUGUACGAAGCGAAUAUCACAUGUACCUGCACCCCCGCCAGCCUUUUGUCCGCUACGAGCACCGUUUGAAUAGCCGAAUUCCGAGUCAAGGUCAUGUUGACAGAUUUCCGGGCGUGGCUUCCUUACUCCGACGUCACAAUGAUAUGCAGGCCCGAGGCCUCAUCUCAUCUGUACGUGAUCCAUUGGAACAGCGUCAAUCAACAGAGAGAAAUAAUACGUUCGAAUACUGGACACCCCCGCAUCAAGCUCAAAGAUCGAGAGCUGCUAUUUCCCCGCAGUCAGAGUGGACGCCACUGACUACAGGUCUCGGGAACAGCAACAAAAUGGAAGUUACGCAAGUUCCCGAGAGUAAGGCGUCACCGGUAAGGCGAGCGCCUGAACUCGUCCGUGGACGUAGCGAAUCGCGUCCCAAGGCCUCACGGUAUCUGCGUGAGAUUGAUCGACGACGAAUCCUGAUGCGCAUCGCUGAGGGUGAAAAGCAGUCUGCAUUGGCAAAGGAAUACCAUGUGAGUCGAGCUGCGAUCUGCAACCUCAACAAACGCCGAGCUGAAGUACUUUCACGCAACCGUGAACACCCUCCGGCUAAGCAUCCGAAGCGGAGAAUGCUUGCGAAGAGUAAAAGACAGAAUACAACGGACAACCAGGCUAGUGGCUACAGCAGCUGAUCAAGCUAGGACUAGUUUCUCUAGCUACAGUUACGAUAUUGUAAUAUACAGAAAGAGACGAAGGAUCUUUUUACCAAUA